CAGUUGCUCUCAACAUCCUCCUCCUCCUCUAAAUCCUCGCUAUCAUCUAGUUGCCCAUCUUCUUUUGCUCAGGUUCAAGGUCCAAGUCCUCUUUGCUCCAGCCACCACCUGGAUUGCCUAUUGAAUAAUCGAUCCAGCAGCCCUUGUGGGGUGCAAGUUCUUAGGAGCAUGGGACACACUCUAUGAUCAUACUGACUUGGGAAUUGUUCUUUCUUCGCAGGACCAAGAGUACUUUAAGGAUUAAGACCAGCGACAGCAUGGCCGUAGUCUCCAAAGCUGCAUUCAAUGGAGGCAUGAACACAUUCGUCUUCACAUUCUAUAGACAAGCAAUCGCUACCCUUGUCUUAUUGCCUCUGGCUAUAAUAUUCGAAAGGAGAAGUUCCCCUCCGUUGCCGUUCAAAUUGAUGUUCAAGAUUUUCAUGGUUGCACUUUUCGGGUACACAAUCAAUUUAAACAUGCACAAUAUCGCCAUUAAACUCACUUCAGCAACAGUGACUUCAGCAACUUCAAAUCUCAUUCCUAUUUUCACUUUUGUUCUGGCACUUUUAUCUCGGGUGGAAAUUAUCACGAUCAAGACUUGCUCAGGAAUUGUAAAGGCAAUUGGAGUAGUAAUUUGUUUAACGGGAGCUAUGGUUAUUGCAUUUUACAAGGGCCCUCAUUUGAACUCAUUCAUCCAUCAUCAUCCAAUUCUCCAUGGAAGUAGUCAGAAUGAUUCUAAAAUUACUCACAAAAAAUGGAUAAUUGGUACUUUUCUCAUGGUGUUGGCUGCAUUUUGUUGGUCUUCAUGGCUAGUGUUAUUGGGAAUAAUAUUGAAGGAAUAUCCAUCAUGGAUUUGGUCCACUGUUCUUUUGAACCUCUUCAGUACAAUUCAAUGCUUUAUUGUUGCCAUUACAACCGAGAGGAAUUUGAACAAGUGGAAGCUACACUGGGAUGAAGAACUUCUUGGAGUAGUAUACAGUGGUGUGUUGGUGUCGGCACUUGUGUUAUACUUGCAAACUUGGUGCAUUCACAAAAGAGGCCCUGUUUUCGUGGCGAUGUUCUUCCCCUUGGCGCUUUUGAUCGCCGUUGCAGCCUCCUCCUUCCUCUUAGGAGAAGUCAUAAACCUUGGAAGUGUUUCUAGGUGGAGCUUUUAUGGUUGUAGGCCUUCACUGUGUUCUAUGGGGAAAAAGUAGAGAAAGAAAGAACAUGAAUUCAAGUGUUGAGGAUGCAAAGGAUAGCAUCUCGAAAGUAGAGAUUGCCUAGUGAAGUG